AUGCUUGGCUGGGUCCUGGUCUAUGUCUUCUGAGUGAUAUUAUUUUGUGUGUAUGGUUUUUAUUUUAAUUAUAUCGUAUAUGUAUAUAUACUUGUCACUUUUGACGUUAGUAUAUACUCAGCCCCUGAACUUGGUUAUUUUUGACGAGGGGCACCAGAAUCUUGGUGCUACACAACGUCCCCCAUCUUGAUGAGAUGUUUCCUCAAGAUACCGAUUACUUCAUCUGCUUUCUACUAUCCCCAUUAGGCAUAUAACGUGUAGAUUUGCUGUCAAUGUUUGUGUAGGGAUGUUCCAGAUAGUCGAGUACUGUAUAUUAUUCGAUCUGUUUGACUGGGAUUCUGAGAGAAGCUUUGAGGACUUUUCUGGGACCAUUAACGUUAAAGUGAAGUGUAGUGUAACUACAGCCGAAUGGCAUCCACCUCCCCAUUUAAAGUAAAACCCUAUCUAGAUCGAUGAGCUGAAUUUGCUUGGGCUUUAGUACCAUUUCGACGUAUAGCUUGCCACACAUCGGAUAUGGUUGGUCCUCCUUGUUUAGGAGCCUGA